UCUUGCGAUCUGGUCAUAAAUUAAAAGGUAGAGUGAUGAACAACAGUAUGGGAGUAAAUUGUACCUAGUAACAGUAAAAUGCACAGAGACAUCCAUCAGUAAGGUUGUUCAAUAGAACAGAAUACUUUAUGCUGAAAAAGAGCCCUGGCAGUCACCUAGCCCAACCUUCCACUCAAAGUAUGGCCAACUUAAAUCCAGUUGCCCAGGCUUUGUCCUGUCAAGUUUGGUAUAUUUGCAAGAGUGGAGACUGACAACCUUCAGCUGGGCAACACUGUUUGACUAUGCCUCAUUGUGAUUAUUUUUUUAUAAAUGAUGUGGAUAUAGAUGAAAAAUGUACAGAAAAUGUCUUCUGCAAAUGUUAGGUAAUCUCUCAAGGAGUUAUUGUAAAACUAAUCUGAUGAAAAUUGAGAAAAUGUAACUUGAUAGUUUCAUGAAUGCAGAACAGUCCUAGUAAAUGCUAGUUCAGAUGCCAAGGCUGUGUACUACUCUAAAUGGGUAUAAAUCCAGCAAAAAAAUAUGGCUGUAAUUAAAAGCAGAAUUUGACCAUAUAAAUUUUACAGAAUCCUUUGAGUAAGCUUGUUUGAAUGCACAUUCUCAGCAAUGCAGAGCAUUGAACUCAAACUAUGAAAUCUCAAAAUGAAACUGGAACUGCUGACAAAUUCCUAUGAAACUUGGUGGUUUCCUUUUAACACAGUCAGUUGUUCUGUGACAUAGAGCCUGGAUAAGAUCAGCCUCCAAGUUAUGCUGUCGGUACAUGUUUUAAACUGAUCAUGAGAACUGGAUAGUUUCUGCUGUAGUGCAAAGUAGCUGAUAGAGCUACUUGGUAAAACCAAAACUCCUAGCUGUUGCAUGAACCUGAUUCUUCCAAUGCCUGCAUAAACAUCUAAACAGGAGGAGGUAGCUGUGGCAAGUUCUGGUGCAAACCCACUUCUCUUUCAGAUCCACCUGACAAAAUGCUCCAGAUCCUCACAAUGCUGUUGCUGGAAACACAGCUCUCCAUGGUUUCAGCUUUAUUUACAGUUGAAGUUCCUCAACAGCUAUACAUUGUGGAGCAUGGGAGCAAUGUAACCAUGGAAUGCAGAUUCCCUGUGAACAGUUCAUUAAACCUAGGACUCCUGACGGUUGUUUGGGAGCAAAAAAGGCAGGGCCAGUCGAAAUCAAAAGAGGUGUACACGCUCCGCAAUGGGAAGGCAUCGCUUCCAUCACAACAUCAUGAUUAUGUAGGAAGAGCAGCACUUCUGCACAGCGAACUGAAACUGGGACGAGCUAUCCUUCAGAUCACCAGCGUGAAGAUCACAGAUGCGGGAUCAUACCUUUGUCUCAUUGACUAUCAGGGUGCGGACUACAAGUACAUUACUUUGGAAGUAAAAGCAUCCUACAAGAGAAUAAACACUCAAGUAAUGAGAAAACCAGGUGAAGACAAGUUUGUUUUUAUAUGCCAGUCAGAAGGCUUUCCUCUGGCAGAGGUUUUCUGGCAAAAUGAGAAGAACUUCAGUCUCAGUGGAUCUGCAAAUACCACCUAUACACUGACUGCAGACGGUCUCUACAAUGUCACCAGCAUCCUGACAUUCAAACCAAACCUGAGUGAGAACUACAGCUGUGUGUUCUGGAAUAAGGAACUGAAUGGACAAACUUCAGCUCAUAUUUCCACUUUAGCUUUAAUAAGUACACAGUAUAAUGGACAAAAAUCCCUGGUCUUAUUUAUCGUCCCCACGUGUGUGAUGGUGGCUGUUCUUCCCUCUGCAUUAAUAAUCUUUCAAAAGAGAAAAUCAUUUGAGAAUGGGCAACCCAAAGAAGACAGGAAAAGAAAACAUAACCCUAACCCGAAAGAUGAGAACAGAGAUGAUUUUAACUCUCAAACUGAGGCUUUAUACUUAUCAACUGUCACAGCUUCAAGAGACAGUGGGAGUGUGGGUCUCUGAAAACGCUUCAUCUCACAUGCCGUAAUUUGCACUUUUUGUAUCUGUUUUUGGGGACUUCAAAGGACAGUUACAGCACUUUAUCUUUGGCAUGAACAGUGAACUCAAGGGGAUUUAUUGCUACUGUAGCAAUGGAAAGCUAUGCUUCUUCAGAUACCCUAUUUUGAAGUUACUGAGAAUUAUGUGGUCAUGAAAUGUGGUUUACCAUUGCAGAGAGGGUGUCCAAGUGCCUUUGGUACACUUUUGCACUUACUGUUGCUCAAGUUUGUUUAAGAAUGCCUUUAUUAACUGUUCCAGUCUCAGGAAUGGUGCUUGGAUUCAAACAUCUUUCGGCAAGUUGAAUAAAAGCUGUACAUACUCUUAUUUCUAAACAGUCAUCUUUCAGGUGGAGAUAUCAUUACAUGCUCCUAUCUUAUUUCCAAACUUCCCAGCACAUUAAACUGGAAAUUACCACAAGCACCCACCGGCAUGGCAAUAUAUGGAAGGCGUUUCACAUCAAAAAAGCAAUAAAAGGUUGAAGUUAAAUCAAAGGACAGACAAAAAAAAUUUCUUAGGAGGAAUUUGGAAGCAGAAGUGAAAAGGAAGCUCAGAAGAUUUCUCCAGUGACUGUUUUUAAACAGUAAUUACAACUUUUCUCAAAGGAAAAGAUGAAUCUUUUCCAUGCCAGGCACUUAUCUGUCUUAUUUCCUAUUACUGGAACACCUAAAAAUGCCUCAUUCAACUCUGAACACACUGUGCACUGGGCAUAGCUUCUACAGUGCCAGUUUUGAAAAAAUGCCCAACAGGAACCAACUCUGCAUCUUAGUCAUCAGAUAGUGAAGCAAGGGCACUGGGUAGAAUCUGUCACGUUGUUUUCAAAAAGCGCUGGCUCUGGUCAGCUGUGUUUUCUCUUGAGAUGUAACAAGAUUGAAGGAAGGUGUUCACAUGGAAACUACUUUUGUCAUUGUCUUGCUCUUCGAAGACUGUUAUCUGUUUCACAAAAAAUAUUGUAUCAAUUAUGUUAAGGUUUUCUUCAUAGCACUUGCUCUGGAUUUAGAUGGGAGCUGCUUCUCCAGGGUCACGUUGCAGCUAUUUACUUCGGCACAAAGUGGACCUACAGUGCUGCUACGAGCCCAGAAGGACAAGAUGCACACCCCCCCCCCCCCCCAUCUAUUUUACCAGGAUAGCUGAUUUUGAAUAGCAGGGCUGCUGUUGAUUUACCUGUAGAAGAGAAAACCGAAUGUCUCUCUCUGUCAUCACUUCAGUUAUCCAUGUGUUGUACCUUUAAAUACUCAUUUGAGGCUAUAGGAUUUAGUUGAGACAAAUCCCUGCUAGGAUUGUAAUGUCCUUGCUGACAUGGCAAAUCAGGUAGAUGUCAGAGAAUCAGAGGCAGCUUCUUGAAGCACUUGUGUAGCUUCAGAUGCAAUAGCAGCUUAGGGACUGCCCUGGCUUGCACCACCUAGCAACACUUAAGGGUGAGUACAUAAGGUCAAGCAAUUUCUCCCCGUGCCAGAUUUGUAUUCUGCUGGGAACUAUGAGCCCCUUCUGUCAGCCACAGUGAAAAAUCUAACCCAGUGUAUUCCUGGAAGGACUUAAUUUUGCAUUUUUCUAUUUCUUUUUUCCUUGUAAUCAUAAAAUGGAAGUAAUUCAUACUGAAUUUAUGUGGAUGAACAGUGUGGAUAUACUAACACCACAGCCUUUGAAAUUAGAUUAUGGUGAUUAUCAUUGUACCUUACUGAAAUGAAAGUCAUCCUGACAUCAUCUUACGCCGCUGAGCAAAUGCUGCCUGGGUUUGGGCGGGGAAGAACAGGUGUGGGCAGCACUUGGUGCCCGUUUUACAGGCAUAGCAAACACUGUCCUGCUUCCCUAUUCAUGGUCUGUAUACUGCUAGGUUUCACCCAGUAUCCCUAGGCAGAGGCAGCCCAGCUUUGCACAGCAGUCCUAUGCCCUACCCACCCCGUUUCACAUGAAAGGAGCAAUAGCACUAUUUGCUGUGAUAACCGUAAGAACAUCCAGAAAUAUAUCCUUGGUUUACAGGUUUCUGUAUUUUUACCAGCUCUUACUGGGUACUUAAGAACUGCAAUAAAAACUAAUCAGGAUGGUUGUCACAUUUUAGUUUGUGAAACUUAGCUUGUCAGCAGCUUGGCCAGUCUAUAUGUGUCUAUGAAUUCAUGCAUGAGUUGUUUUUCACUGUAAACCAUGGAGCAUAUGAUACGGGUGUGAUACGAUGAGUCUCUGUUCUUCCUGCUUCAGCUACUGUUUUACAUGUGGGUAUCCUGAAACAGCUGAAAAGUUUUCAGAUACAGAUAAACUGUCUGCAAACUG